UCACCUACACAGAGCGUGUUGUUGGAGCUGCUAAGAGCGGUAGCCUGGCUUGUGUGGGGCUUUUUUUCCUUCUUCUUCUUCCUGGCAUCCCCCUCCUCAUCUCCUGGGCAGUGUGUGGCUGAGCCGUCGAGGAGACCUUGGCUGAGUUGGGAGAGAACGUAAAACAAGGGAGAUUUUUUUUUUUUUAAUUUUAUUUAUUUUUUUGUUGCUUUUGGGCGAUUGGGAUUUAAAAGAGCGGACGAGGCUCCAUCUACCAGCCCCGAGGAGAGCGCGACCAGCAGAACUUAGCGCGUCCCCGGCAGAAAGUUGCUUUGUUCCCCGGGAAUCUGGUGUCCUCGCCGCGAGCGCCGUGUGGAAUGUGGAAGGUCUGGCUCGGGGGAUCAGUACCAUUAGCAGUGCCAUUAACACGGGGAGCCCGGGGGCAGCUGUGUCAUUAGCUGGAUCACACGCACUCGGCUUCCUCCUCCCUUCCUGCUCGCUGGGGGAUCCCCCCCUCUCCUCUCCGACAAUUAGUCAAUGAACCUUCGUGCUCCUGGGAGAGGCACCUAAACCAGCGGCUUGGAUGAUUCGAGACCUGAGCAAGAUGUACCCCCAGUCCAGGCACCCGGCUCCGCAUCAGCCAGCACAGCCCUUCAAAUUCACCAUAUCCGAAUCGUGCGAUCGGAUUAAGGAGGAGUUUCAGUUUUUACAGGCUCAGUACCACAGCUUGAAGCUGGAAUGUGAAAAACUGGCCAGCGAGAAAACCGAAAUGCAGCGGCAUUACGUGAUGUAUUAUGAAAUGUCGUACGGGCUGAAUAUUGAGAUGCAUAAACAGGCUGAAAUUGUCAAGAGACUAAAUGCUAUCUGCGCACAAGUCAUUCCUUUUUUGUCCCAAGAGCACCAGCAACAAGUGGUGCAAGCCGUGGAGCGUGCCAAACAAGUGACAAUGGCAGAGUUGAAUGCAAUCAUUGGGCAGCAACAACUCCAAGCUCAGCAUCUGUCUCAUGGGCAUGGUCUCCCGGUGCCCCUGACUCCGCAUCCUUCUGGCCUGCAGCCCCCGACCAUCCCGCCUAUCAGUAGCAGUGCUGGAUUGCUGGCCCUUUCCAGUGCCCUCUCUGGACAGUCUCACCUUCCAAUCAAGGAUGAAAAAAAGCACCACGACAGUGACCAUCAACGAGACAGAGAUUCCAUUAAGAGUUCAUCGGUGUCUCCAUCUGCGAGUUUCCGAGCAGCAGAAAAGCACAGAAAUUCAGCAGACUACUCCUCGGACAGUAAAAAGCAAAAGACAGAAGAGAAAGAUAUAGCGGCCCGCUACGACAGUGAUGGUGAAAAGAGUGAUGACAACCUUGUGGUGGAUGUUUCCAAUGAGGAUCCUUCUUCACCAAGAGGAAGCCCAGCACAUUCCCCAAGGGAGAACGGCUUGGAUAAAGCCCGACUUCUAAAGAAAGAUCCUCCUAUCAGCCCUGCCUCUAUUGCAUCCUCAAGCAGUACACCCUCUUCAAAGUCCAAAGAACUUAGCCUUAAUGAGAAGUCUACAACGCCGGUUUCAAAAUCCAACACACCCACUCCACGUAGUGAUGCCCCUACACCUGGCAGCAACUCGACUGGACUGCGGCCUGUGCCUGGCAAGCCACCCGGAGUCGACCCAUUAACAGGUCUGAGGACUCCAAUGGCAGUCCCUUGUCCUUACCCAACCCCAUUUGGAAUAGUUCCACAUGCUGGAAUGAAUGGAGAACUGACCAGUCCAGGAGCGGCUUAUGCUAGUCUUCACAACAUCUCCCCACAAAUGAGCGCCGCUGCAGCUGCUGCAGCAGCAGCCGCAGCUUAUGGGAGGUCCCAAGUGGUUGGCUUUGAUCCACAUCAUCACAUGCGUGUUCCAGGAAUCCCUCCAAAUUUGACAGGCAUCCCAGGUGGAAAGCCUGCAUAUUCAUUCCAUGUAAGUGCUGACGGCCAGAUGCAGCCAGUCCCAUUCCCCCCUGAUGCUCUCAUUGGCCCAGGAAUCCCUCGGCACGCGCGGCAGAUAAACACACUAAAUCACGGAGAAGUAGUUUGUGCAGUUACCAUCAGCAACCCCACAAGACACGUGUACACUGGUGGAAAGGGAUGCGUCAAGGUCUGGGACAUUAGUCACCCAGGGAACAAAAGCCCCGUCUCUCAGUUGGACUGUUUGAACAGAGAUAACUACAUCCGCUCCUGCAGAUUACUCCCUGAUGGGCGCACUCUGAUUGUUGGAGGGGAGGCCAGCACGUUAUCCAUAUGGGACCUGGCAGCACCUACCCCGCGUAUAAAAGCAGAACUGACCUCAUCGGCUCCUGCCUGCUAUGCUCUGGCCAUCAGUCCUGAUUCCAAGGUCUGCUUCUCCUGCUGUAGUGAUGGCAACAUUGCCGUGUGGGACUUACACAACCAGACCCUAGUAAGGCAAUUCCAGGGCCACACAGAUGGAGCCAGCUGUAUUGAUAUUUCUAAUGAUGGUACCAAGCUCUGGACUGGAGGUUUGGACAACACUGUACGAUCCUGGGAUCUCCGUGAAGGCAGGCAGCUCCAGCAACAUGACUUCACUUCACAGAUCUUCUCGUUGGGGUAUUGUCCAACUGGUGAGUGGUUAGCCGUGGGCAUGGAGAACAGCAAUGUCGAAGUUUUACAUGUCACCAAGCCAGAUAAAUACCAGCUGCAUCUUCAUGAAAGCUGUGUCCUCUCCCUAAAGUUUGCCCAUUGUGGGAAAUGGUUUGUGAGCACUGGAAAGGACAACCUACUUAAUGCUUGGAGAACACCUUAUGGAGCCAGUAUAUUCCAGUCCAAAGAAUCGUCAUCUGUGCUGAGCUGUGACAUCUCUGUGGAUGAUAAAUACAUUGUCACUGGAUCAGGGGACAAGAAGGCCACAGUCUAUGAAGUUAUUUAUUAGAGACAACCUCCAACUGCCUAUGAGACGCCUACUAGUAGCACUUUUCUGUAAAUUUUAUUUUUCUUUCUUCCUUCCUUUCUGGAACCAAGGACCAGACGCGUCCACCUCAGCAAGUUGUUUUUCUUUCUUUGCCAAAUGCGCCCACCCAUUUUACAUUUUGUUGUAAACGCUUACUAGGAACUCGAAACCAAAUCUUCAGUUGAUGUGCAGGCAGAAGACGCACACAAAAAAAGUAAACUUCUUUUAUCCUUCAGACUUGUUCAUGGAUUGUGUACUAUAGCUGUAACAUAUUUAUUUUGUGUAAAGAAGACUUUGUAAAAAAAAAAAAUAUUAAAAAAACGAACUGACAAGAAAAGUAGUCUGCACAGGCCAUGGAAAUGAAGACAAAGUCCAGACUUCACCCAAAUGAAUUCAGCCUUUAACUCCUGAACGCAUAUGAAAUGCACAGUUUACACAGGAAUUAACUUGUAUUCUGUCAAUGCUGGUUCACCGAAUGAGAUGUGCCACAGAAAACCCAAAGGGAUCAUUCUCAUUAUCUGCUUCACGGCAACCAACAACUGGUGACAUACAAGGCGAUACAAACGAAUGUAACCUCUACGCAGAGAAGACCUUCACUUCAGGACUUCUCUUUUCUGAGCAUCCCAAACUGGAGGCAAACUGAGCCGCCAUGCCUCUGACAAUACUUUCAACCUUUUUAUGUCAUUCUUGCUGUUUGAUUAAUAUGUGAUUCUUUUGUAUUUUUAACUUUUUUUUUUUUUUUAAAUGCUUUAAAUUUCUUAAAGUCUGUGGAUCUGCUGAUGUACAGUGCCUUUGCUGCUAUGGAUCAAAAUCAAAAGGACGUUGUAGAUAAAUCUUAUUGUAUACGUAGAAAAUACUUAAUUUCCUACUAGAGAAGAAUCAAUACUGAAAAGUCGGAUUGUUUUACUAAAGUUGCAAAAUGUGGUAGCAAAAAAAUGGUGUUUUAAGUACACAGUGUUUGAUGUCAUUAACAGUUUCGUAAUAAUCUACAGUGUAGAAAGAUUUUGAUACUAAAUUGUGUCAUUGUACAGAAUUAUGACAUUGUUGACCAUAAGUAUAUAAAUAUAUAUAUAAUACUAGAUUGUUUGUGCAUUCAGACUUUUAAGCAUUAAACUUAAGUAA